AUGACUUCACGCCCACCUGCGCACCGGGCUCCAACCAGUUCGCUGUCACUAUCGACGUCGCUUCCCGAAAGCGACUCCCUGUCCAGCAGCCCAAGUCGUCAGCCCAAAAUUGCUUCCAAAACCCCCGCGGUCCAUGCCCUUCAGCAUCAACGUCCCGGAUUAGUCUCGCGCAACUCGGACAGUUCGACCAAGACGCUGCAACCCCGCCAUCAUCUUCGGAACAAGUCGAGCAGUCUCGUUCCCACUCUCUCCACGCUCAACGUCGGCACUGCGCCCUCACCCCGCCAGUCCCCCAUCAUGGCCUCGCACACAACUGGCACCUCUUCUGGCGCUGCCGACCUGCUGCGGCAAGCAAUGACACGAGCCACAAAUGACAGCAACGAUGACGGACACGACCAGAUCGGCUCCACCAGUUCCACGCCACCGGGUGCCACGACACCCAAGCCCGACCCGACGGACAAGCGACUGCCGGGUAUUCUGCACAGUUACUUUGGCCAGGUUCGUGAUUCUCUUAUGCCCUCGAGGAAGUCUUCACUUAUGGCCGACCCCUCCCCCGCACCCGUCACUUCCUCUGCACAGAGCAACCCUGAGCCUGCAUCGUCCGAAGUCCGAGAAAAAGAGCCAGAGUCACAGUCCCACCCCAAGAUGCUGCCCAGCCCCACUCCCAGUGCCUCUUCCCGAACUCCCUCAGCCUCGCAGUUGACUGGUGACACGGAGAAGCUGACUCAAGGCGAUUUCGCCGCCCUGCAACAGGCAACUCCGCCUCAGACUCCUCGCACACGUUCGCAAGAAACCAAGCCCUUGCCCUCGAAUCUAUCGCGGACUUCGAACGCCUCAGACCAGUCCAAGGAGAGCAAGACGGCCCCAGUUGUAGCCCCCAAAGGCAAACUCCAAGUCACAAUAUCCGAAGGAAGGGGGCUCCGUCCCAGCACAGAUCCAUAUGUUGUCUGCCAGUUCCAAUGGGCCGAAUACAUUUCGGAUGGUCCUAGGCACGACGAGUCAAAGAAGGGCCGUCCUGGCAUGCAGAUGAAGCGCGCGGAGAGCCAAAUGGGAACGCCCAUGGCUAUUCCAAUGAAGAGUCGGCAGAGUAGCAACAGCGGCCACAGCUCGGAUCCCAGGGAAAACGGUUCUCUCGAGGAAGUCACUUGCCCCAAGUGGGAGCAUGAGGCCAUCUUUGAUGUUGUCGGUGACCAUGCUGAAGUCGACGUAUCCGUGUACGACCGCUCAAACGGUGAGGCCUUCCUCGGCCACGUCCGCUUCUGCCCCAACCUCGUCGAAUAUAGCGAGCCGUAUGAUGGCUGGUUCCCUCUGGAGCCGCGAGAGGGUGAGGGAGGUAUCGUCACUGGUGAGAUCCAUCUCAAGCUCAGUUUCCAAAAAGUCGAGAAGAAGCAUUACGGACCUGAAGACUUUGAGAUUUUAAAGCUCAUCGGAAAGGGUACAUUUGGGCAAGUCUUCCAAGUACGCAAGCGCGAUACUCGCCGAAUCUACGCCAUGAAAGUACUGUCCAAGAAGGUCAUUGUACAGAAGAAGGAGGUGGCGCACACACUUGGAGAACGUAACAUUCUCGUCCGGACUGCCAUGGCUGACUCGGCAUUCAUUGUUGGCCUCAAGUUCUCCUUCCAGACGCCCUCGGACCUCUACUUUGUCACAGACUACAUGUCGGGAGGUGAGCUCUUCUGGCAUCUUCAAAGAGAAGGUCGUUUCCAGGAAGCUCGUGCCAAGUUUUACAUUGCUGAGCUCAUUCUUGCGCUUCAACAUCUCCACGAACACAACAUUGUGUACCGAGAUUUAAAGCCCGAGAACAUUCUUCUGGAUGCCAACGGCCACAUCGCCCUGUGCGAUUUCGGGUUGUCCAAGGCCAACCUUACCGAGAACGCUACCACAAACACCUUCUGUGGUACAACCGAGUACCUUGCACCAGAGGUGCUUCUGGACGAGCACGGCUACACCAAGAUGGUUGAUUUCUGGUCUCUCGGUGUGCUAGUUUUUGAGAUGUGCUGCGGUUGGAGUCCAUUCUAUGCCGAGGACACCCAGCAAAUGUACAAGAACAUUGCGUUUGGCAAGGUCAGGUUUCCUCGGGACGCCCUCAGCACGGAAGGUAGGAAUUUCGUCAAGGGACUUCUCAACAGGAACCCCAAGCACAGGCUUGGUGCAACACGCGAUGCCGAGGAGCUCAAGGCCCACCCCUUCUUUGCGGAUAUCGACUGGGAUGCUCUUGGCAAGAAGAACGUUGUACCGCCGUUCAAGCCCAAACUCAAGGGAGAGCUUGAUGUGUCCAACUUUGAUCCGGAGUUCACCAACGCUCUGAACGGAGCUGGUUCCUUGAACGCGCGGGCUGCCGCUCUAGCAUCAGGUGUCAACCCCGCGUCCACGCCCCUAUCGCCGACCAUGCAAGCAAACUUUGCCGGCUUCACCUUUACCGACCAGAGCACCAUGGAGCAACAAUUUGGCAACGACAGACGAAGAAGCGAUGCUCUAGAGCGCAUGGACGAAGACGACACGGACGAUGUCAACUGGGACCGACCUGCAGGACGCGGAGAUAGAAUGUCCGGCGUUGUCCCCAGUAACGAACACGAUGUGUUCAACCACGGCCAAUUCGAUGUAUGAUGAAGCAUUCAUCAUAGGCGCAACCCGCCCUUCUACCUCCGGGGUCCCACAAGAGCUCUCCAAGUGACGACCCUGAUAAAAGUUUCUGCUUUGUCCAUCUUUAUCAGUACAUGGCGGUAGCAUUCACGAGUCUUUUCUUGGAUACCCAGAGCUUACCCCUCGCCCACAACUUGGACUGCGUUCAAGCUCCUUACUAAUGCACCUUAUCGACGGCUGCUUUCAGCAAUGUCACGAAUGGCCCGAGACUACAGCCGUAGUUUUUGGUUUGUCGGAUGACCUUAGUCAUCCAUUACGAUUCCAAGAUUCCACAGAUUGAGUUUUUAGGUACUGAGAAGCCCUACACUACAGUACACGCACAACAUUUGCUUUGCCGGGGUAUGGGUAUGCAUUGCGCUGGUGCAUUGCGUGUUUUAUCUUUUUUUUUAAUCGUGGGCGUUUAUUAUUGGUAACUUUUGUCCAUUAUCAUCAUUAUCAUGUUUGCUUGAGUGCGUGUACGUUGUAACGUUUUGCACGCCAGGCAUUCAAACUCCCAUCAUACGCAUCGUCAUGGAAGCGAGAUAUGAAGCAGGAUGGUAUGGGUUGCGGUCCGGGUCUUUUGUACAUAACGUGCCGCCUGGAAUACAAGACAUGACAAGUA